AUGGAGCUCCUCGACCCAGCCACGGGCCGCCCGCUCCCCGCCGACGCCAUCCAGCGCGUCCUCUUCCUCGCCAGCGCCGUCCACGUCUACAACAUCCCGCCUCUGCCCUCGAUGCGCGGCCACAGCGCCGCCUCGUGGACCGCCGAUCCCUCGCGUCACAUCUUUACCGCCCGCCUGCGCGUCGUCGAGACUGCCCUCUCCUCCACCUCCUCUUCCUCCUCUGACGACGCCGCCGCCGCCUCGGGCCUCAAAGUCGACGUCGUCCUCGAAGACCCCUCCUCCGCCCAGCUCUUUGCCGCCGCCCCCUACACCGACCGCGCCGCCGUCGAGCCCGUCCUCGACAGCAGCCGCUUCUUCGCCGUCACCGUCCGCGACCAGGACGGGCGCAAGGCUGUCCUGGGCAUCGGCUUCGAGGAGCGCUCCGACGCCUUCGACCUCGCCGUCGCCCUGCAAGAGGCCAGGAGGAGCCUCGGCUGGGAGGCCAAGCAGCAUUCCACAAGGGACCCGGCCGCAGCGGCCAAGGAAAACGUAAAGGACUACAGCCUGAAGGAUGGUGAGACAAUCACCGUCAACAUCGGCAAGUCCAUGCUCGGACGCCGCCGCCCGCAGCCCCAGCAGGUCGACGAGACGCCCGCCGCCGACAUGCAAUCCUUUGCCCUCCCUCCUCCCCCGUCGGCCAAGCCGAGCGACUCGGGGGGCGCCUUUGCGCUACCGCCACCCCCGAGCGCCCAAGACGUCAAGCGCAAGCGGCGCUCGCUGCGGGACAUGGGUUUCGACGAUGGGCAAUUUGGGGAGUUUGCAUGA